AUGGCCCAACAAAAUUUAGAGAUUCCACAACUGCCCAUUCCCGGCGAAGACAACUCGAAAAGAGUUGCUGAACAAGUAGCGAUUGGAGCCUCUGGCGUGCAAAGCACGCCAGGCGGGCCCGUUGGUGGGCCUGUGAGCAGCCAGAAGUCUGGUAUGGACUUGUAUUUUGACCAGGCUGUCAACUAUAUGGGGGAACACCCGGUGAUUAGCGGUGUAGGUGGGUUUUUCGCUCUAUACUUUGCUGCUGGAGCGUACAAGUCUAUUUCCAAGAGAAUGGGAGGUGGUGCGCAGAGCUCGCAGUUCUUGAAGGGUGGGUUUGACCCCAAGAUGAAUGCGAAGGAGGCUCUUGCGAUUUUGAAUCUGAACGAGAGCACGUUGACGAAGAAGAAGCUAAAGGAAGUGCACAGAAGAAUCAUGUUGGCAAACCAUCCGGACAAAGGUGGGUCUCCAUACCUUGCCACGAAGAUCAACGAGGCGAAGGACUUCUUGGAAAAGAAGGUUGUGAGAAAGUGA